CAUCAAGUAUCUCUGUCUUUUGAAUUGAAAUGGCAAUUGUUAUAUGGGAAUCUGUGAGAUCAGUCAUUGAGAGCUCGGCUUCCGAAGCCGACUUCUUGGAUCUCACUGCCCACGUUCCGUCGGAUCGGCCUGCCGAUCUGCCCAAAUCGUCGCCAGUCGGACUACAUAACUCCGACCUAUCCCCCUGCAGGUUAUGUUGCUUCCUUUUUUAAACACAGUCGUCAAAAUGAGUCUCAAACUUAUCCGCAAAUCACCCAUCUCCCUACCUCAGCUGGCUCGUGUGAUUUCGCCACUCCGACCGCUAUAUCCCCAACCGCCGCGACCAUUGCAACCCAGAAGAUAUCUCACGAUGGCGGUUGAGUCCGUUUAUACCGACAAGUGCUACAAGCCAUUUGCUCACUAUUCCCAGGCAAUCAAAGCCGGAGGGCUCGUUUGGUUGUCUGGUCAAAUCCCAGCAGACGUGAACGGCAAGCUUAUUACAGGAUCCGUAGCCGACAAAACGCACGCUAUCAUCCAAAACACAAAGGCAAUCCUAAAGGAAGCUGGCUCGAGUCUUGAGCAGGUGGUUAAAGUAGUUGUGUAUGUACGUGACGCUGGAAUUAUGCCCGACUUUAACGCGGUUUACAACCCUGCGUUCCCACAGAAGCCUGCACGGUCGAUGGUGGAGGUGUCGAAUCUACCAGCAGGCGUCGACAUUCAGGUGGAUUUUAUCGCAGUUGCUGGGCCUGUCGAGAAACUCUAGUAGCUCAACUCCACAUUUCAUGUUGAAGAUAGUGACUACGGAGAGAAAUAGUGUCCUGGGAGUCUGGGACUGCCAAGGGCUGGCGUAAUUAAGAUUU